AUCAGGCGCAGAACCGGAGCCGAACUUCACUCGAGUCCACGAUGGAAAGCACACGGCUUUCGAUGAUCCACGCACCGAGUCAGAGCGGAGCGGACCGGCAGCGAUGAGCUCAUCCUUCCCCAAAUCCGAAUCCACCACCUCCUUACUGAAGUCGUCCUCGGCGUGGAGACCGACGCGCCUCCCGGAGCGUCCGCACCCGCAUCACCACCGACCCGCCGGCCCGCAGCGCGCCACCGGCGCCGAAGAGUCCUUCUGGCCGGCCGAAUGCGACACCAGCGCCCGGAGACCGCUGUGCCACCCGAGCCUGCUGGGCACCCGGAGUCUUGACGAUGCUGCCACGCGGGGCAAGUGCAGGACGCACGGCUCCCACGGCCCCCACGGCUCCCACGGUUCCCACGGCCACGCUCCAGAACCGCAGGAUCCACACGGCAGGUCUUCCAAGCCCCCGCACCGGCACCACCGCAGGAAGCCCACGCGGGAGGAGCGCGCCCCGGCCGGACCUCCGGAACCCGAGCAUCACCGGCGCACUCACAGACACGCACGUCACAGCGCACACGCGUCCUUUCCGUCGGACAGCAACGACGACACGGCUCCGCUGUGCCGGCCCGGGGGCCACCGGGCGCCCGAGCAGGUCGGCAGUCCGUCCGCCUCCUCCUGCUCUCUGGUCCCGCUGUCCAGCAGGUCCUCCCGACGCUCCCGGAGGUCCAGCGCUGCCUCGUGCGCGUCUGACGUCAAUCUGCGCACAAUCCUCAACUCUCUGUUCGGACAGGACAGAGAGCUGAGGCCUGAGGAAAUGGACGAAUUGCGGGAUGCCUUCAAAGAGUUUGACAAGGACAAAGACGGUUUCAUCAGCUGUAAGGACUUGGGGAACUGCAUGCGGACAAUGGGCUAUAUGCCCACAGAGAUGGAACUCAUCGAACUGAGUCAGCAGAUUAAUAUGAACUUGGGCGGACAUGUUGAUUUUGAGGACUUUGUGGAGUUGAUGGGUCCAAAACUGGUUGCAGAAACCGCAGACAUGAUUGGAAUAAAGGAGCUAAAAGACGCUUUCAAAGAGUUUGAUACCAAUGGAGAUGGCGCCAUAAGCACCUCUGAGCUCCGAGAUGCAAUGCGGAAGCUGUUGGGCCAACAGGUGGGUCUGAAGGAAGCAGAAGACAUCCUGAGGGACAUUGACUUGAACGGUGACGGGCUCGUUGACUUUGAUGAGUUUGUACGUAUGAUGUCUCGCUAACACUCUGAAUGUGAAGCGUCAUCUGUCUCUAUACUUGACCAACAUCGACAGAGGCCAUGCUGUGAUCUCUGAGCCAUCCGAACCUGAACCACACUGGAACUAAAACACCGUGGACUUUAUGGAGUCCACUGAUAAGUAUUCUUCCUGAAAAGUCUCCGGUUCAAAUGAAAAUUUGCUGUAGCCAAAAUAAUGAUUGUGCAACUUAUGUUUUUGGCACUUUAUUUGCUACUAAAUACCUUGUGUGUGAUAGAAUGUCUCGUCUAAACUGUUACGUGUUUUGCGUAAAGACGCCUCUGAUGUACGACAAAGUCUGUUUGAAUGUUUGUCUUUACAUUUCGUUUUCUUGCACCACGUGCAGACUUCAGAAGUCGUAGUUUUAUUGGAAUGCUCUUGAUGCUUCACCAAACAUCAUGUCUGUAUUGUAAUUAUGUGAACGUCUGUGACUCAUCACUGUGCCGGCCCAGUCGGGACAAAAGCAGAUUAAAAAGAUGGAAAGCAGAAGCUCUGAAUGACCUUUCACAAGUAUUGUUUGGAGAUCUGUUGCAGGUUAACUCAUAUUUUGCACAGUUUUUUAGUAAUAUAAUUAUUAUUAUUAAAGUUUGACUCCAGAUGUGCUUGUUGUUGCUACUGCUCUGCUUUGCUUCACAGUAAAAAGAAGCAGUUUCACAAAGUUUUUGGAUGUUUCCAAUGUUUAAAUUGUUUGUCUUCAGCUUUGGGUAAAAAUGAAAAAUGUAUCCUUUUGUACCAACCCUCACUGCCUUGCUCAAGAUCAUAAGAAGCCCGAGUCAAAAAUCCCUACAGGAUUUCAAGCUUGUAAUUUUUUUUGUUGGUCCCUGUGAAUUUGUAAAAAUUCUAUUAAAAACUUUGUUUGGGAUUUUCUCAAACCUUUGGAAA